AUGUAGCCAGAGUAAUUAAAGACUUUAUAGUAUUGCCAAUCAAAAUACUAGACAAUCCUUCCCAAUCAGGAUGUAAAGUUUACUCUUGUACAAAGUCAUUAAAUCAUUUAACUUUUCUCUUAAUAUGAAAUCUUAGUACAGUUGCUGAUAUAAAAUGCUUUAUUUUGUAAAUCUGAAACCUUAAGAUAAAAAACAAUGUAGAUGCUUGAGCAACUUGAAAAGCAAGAUCAUGCCUAAUUAUACAGCAUUGAUUUGUCACAAUUUAAUGACAAUCCUCUCACAAUAGAAGUCUCCCCAUUAUAAAGUUCUUUCUAACUCCCUCUUUUAAAACAGAGUAAAACAAUCUUAGAAAAUAUUAAUAAGAAUUUUGAUGAUAAAAUAGUUGUUCUUAAGAAAUAUACUCCCCUUAUUUAAAGUAGUUAUUUACCAUAAUAAUACUAAAUUAGUAAGGUCAGGUGUAAGUUCACUCCUGUGGAUGAAGACUUAUUAUUUUAAGGUUUGUAAAAGCAUGGAAGUAAAAAAUUGGAGGAAAUUUAAAAAGAAUUUUUAUGGGAAAAAACGCUGAAGCAAAUUAAAAAUAAGUACAAAAACUCAAUUUGCAGCAACGCUUAAUUGAAUAAAAUAAAAACCUGGAAGUUAAGUUAAUAUGAAUAUCUGAAUCAAAAAGAAUUAUAGCAAUUUAUCAAAGGAAUUUAAUGGUUUGGAAAAGACAAAUGCCAACUGAUUCAUAAAUUCUUUGUAACAACAAGAAGCUCAGAUUUUUUAAAUAAGUAAUAAAAACUUCUAUUAUAUAGCGAAUUAAAUAAAGCUGAUUAAUUAUUAAAAAAAAGAAAAAAGCAUAAUAUUUCAGAAUCAUAUCCAAGCCAUUACGAGCAAUUAUGGAAUGAGGAAAGGAAGAAAAUAUAAUUAAAAGUAAAUUUUGAAAUUACCUAGUCAAUUUAAAAAGAAGAAUUACCAACAUUUGAUAAAUACUUUAAUUUAUCAUAUGAGUAUUCCAAUAGUAUUUGUAAAUCAAAUUUUGAAUUCAGCAGAUUAGGAGGAUACUCUUUGUUCUCUAACUAAUAGCAAUAAGCAAACUAAAUUUCAUAAUAAUAACAAUAGAAAGUUUAAACUCCAUUUGAAGUUUGGAAAAAUGCUAUUAGUUCAUUGCCUGAAUUAAAAGGUUGA